CCACACACCCAAACUUCUAAAACCCCCGACCCUAUCUCCUUAUCUUAUCCCCCUCCUCCUCACUCUCCCACUCUCGAACCCGAGCGAGGAGAAGAAGAAGAAGAAGAAGAAGAAGAAGAAGAAGAGGAGGAAGAGCAACAAUGGCGACGACGCUCUCCUCCGCCCUCUCUCUCUUCACCUACUCCUCCGCCUCCCCCUCCCCUCCACCCCCGCCANCCACCCCCUCCUCCCUCUCCUUCCGCCCCCAAACCCUAAAUUUCCCCUCCCACUGCCGGCUCCGCCGCAGCAGCGCCGCCUCCGCCGCCGCCGUGUCCCCGAAGAUCGAGGAGCUCGGCGACGCCAUCGCUAACCUCACCCUCGCGGAGGCCCGGGGCCUCGUCGACCUCCUCCAGGACCGCCUCGGCGUCUCCGCCGCCGCCUUCGCCCCCGCCGCCGUCGCCGCAGCACCCGGCGCCGCCGCCGACGCCGCCGCGGCCGCCCCCGCCGUCGAGGAGAAGACGGAGUUCGACGUCGUCAUCGAGGAGGUCCCCAGCAACGCGAGGAUCGCCACCAUUAAGGUCAUCAGGGCGCUUACGAACCUCGCGCUCAAGGAGGCUAAGGACCUCAUCGAGGGCUUGCCGAAGAAGUUCAAGGAGGCCGUGUCAAAGGAGGAGGCGGAGGAGGCGAAGAAGCAGCUCGAGGAGGUCGGGGCGAAGAUCUCCGUCGUUUGAGCUUCGGGACGAAGUCCGAAGAAGAGGACGAGAACCGAUGUUUAGGGUAUAAUCCAUUGGAUCCUUCAGCUACAAUCACAUUUACGGACAAUUGAAGAACAUCACCACAAGUGGAGGUGCUUUUUCAUGAAGCCUGAGACGCCUAGAUGUAGAUGCUUUUUCCUUCUAGCCAGUUUGUAUUUGGGUUUCCAAUUUAUGAUUUUGGCGAGUUACAUAUUCAAUGAUCGAAGUAUUCAGUCUUGUGAACUCCCUCUUUUUAACUUGUGGAAUUCAGAAGCUUGUUGCAUAUCUCAUGUUGAUUUUUCGCCUCUUCGUCCGUUAAGCUUCCAUCUACAGUUCAAUUUGCAAUAUGAUGAUACACUCAGAUAUCUUAGUUAAUUUUGAAUCAUGAUUUGUUAUUGAUUUGUUGAAA